GCAUUUCUCUAUUUUCUGUCAUACCAAACUCAAUUUUUACGCAUACUCAAACCCUCUACACGCACUAGUCUCUCUCAUAAGGGUUUAAAAGGCCUCUCCUUUCCCAAACUUUGUCUUUUUCUACUUCAAAAUCUCUCCUCUCUGCCUUGACAAGCGCUAGUAGAAAUUCGAGCCAUUCCAUCAAAAUUAAUGCAUGUAAAGACUCAAGCUUUGAUGCUGCAUAUCGGUUUUCCUUGUGCACAUUCAUGUGGGUCAUUGUGUGUUUCUCUCAGUUUCAGCGAAGUCAGAAAAGGGUCUUUGUGAGUGUGACUUGAGGAGGGUUCUUCUUAUGUUGUUUUCAUCUUGGAUCAUGAGUUUGCUUCUGGGGUGGAUUUCAUACCUUGCUUGAAAGUAACAGCACCCCAUUUGGCAAAAGUGAGGAUUUUUGGCAAUUACCUGGAAGUGGGGGUUUUGUUUUUGGAGGAGGCUAAAGGAUGAUUCAGUUGUUGUUCUUGGUGAUUUUUGCUGAGGGUGCUAUUGCAUUUCUUUUGUUGGUGAAGAUAGGGCCAUUGAGAGAUCUUGUGAUAAAGAGCCUGGAUCAGUUGAAGAUGGGGAAGGGUCCAGCGACGGUGAAAACUAUUGCUGGAACCAUGUCUGUUAUUCUCCUUUCGAGUCUCAUGAACAUUGUCAAGAUCCAGAACAAAGGUGCUAAACUUGGUACCAUGUCACCCAUGGAUCAAGUUUUGUGGAGAACUCACUUGCUCGAGGCUUCACUCAUGGGUUUUACUUUAUUCCUUGGAUUCCUAAUUGAUCGUAUACACCAUUAUCUUCAAAAACUUAUCAAUUUAAGGAGUAACGCGGGAGCUUCAAAAGAAGAAUUGGAAAACCUUAAAAAAGAAACUGUCCAACUUAAAGAAAAGGAAGAGAAAGCAUCCAAGGAGACGAAGCAGCUGAAGGAAGAACUUUUGCUUCUGUCAGAAAGUUUGAAAAAGAUAAAAUUGGAAUCUGAAGAGAAGGAUAAGAAAGUUGAGACCGCCGAAGCACAUGUUGCUUCCCUCCAAAAGCAAGCUGCAGAUCUACUACUUGAAUAUGACAGACUCUUGGAAGAGAACCAAAACCUUCAGGCUCAAACAAUGGGACAUAAAAGUUGAGGAAUGAAUGAGGCAUUGAUAAACAAAGUUUUGGGGUGGUGAGAUUUCAUCAGGAUCAUCCUUGAUUUUGUUGCCAAACCUAUAUUUUGGGGGGAAAAAAGAUACUUUUUGGUCCUUUUUGAAAAUGCAACAUGGACCAAAACAGCUCUUUGCUUAAGUUUACAAGUUUUACAGAUUUUUCCAGUUUGUUAACGAUUUUGUUGUUAGAUUGUUGCUUAACAAAUGCUCCAUCUAGAUUUUGCUUUACCCUUUUCUUUAAUUGUUUGGAUAGAUAUGUUUUAGUUUAAGGAUUAUUGGUGGAACUAAUUCUCAAGAAUUAGGAAAGGGUUUGUUGAAUUUUCAAUUUAUGAUUGU